AUGUCAAGAAGCACUAGCCAGAAGUUCCCAGUAUCUGCUUCCACAGAUGUCACGGCUCCCUCCUUUUCAACAACAACAUUCGCAACAGUAGUGACAACAGCAACAGAUGGCCCAAUCCAAACAAGUCCAAUAGUUUCUACAACAGAUGACUCGGCUCAGCCCACACUGUUCUCCUCAACUGAAGCUGUCCAUUCAACACCAUCCACCUACUCAACAUCCAUGCCCUUAACAUCUUAUCCAUUAGUCAGUUCUGAAACUACAGAAACAACCUCAACAGAGUACACAUCAAGUAAAAUAACUGGACAGACUUCUGAAUCUUCACCAGCAGCAGAUCAAACAAGCCAGCAAUCAUCAGCAUUUCCAACCACAGAUGAAACCAUGGCUUCAGUUUCAACAGCUGAAAAUAACUCCACAACUAUGCUGCCACCAUUCACAGGAAGUGCAACUCAAACAGUUCCUACAACAGAAAUAUCCACUCAAAUAACUCCUGUAUUCUCAACUGAACCCACAUAUUCACCAUCAACUACCCAAUCCGCAACAGCUUUAACAUCCCUUACGUCUGCAGCAACUGACACUUCAAGCACUAAUGAAUACACAUCAAUAGACAUAACUGGACAAUCCACUGAAACUUCAGAAGUAUCAAGAAGCACAACCGAAGCCACAUAUUCACCAUCAACUACCCAAUCAGCAACAACUUUAACAUCCCUUAGCUCUAUGACUACUGGUUCUGCAGUGCCCACCACUUCAAGCACUAAUGACUACACAUCAAUAGACGUAACUGGACAAACCACUGACACUUCCGAAAUGUCACGAAGCACUAGCCAGAAGUUCCCAGGAUCUGCUUCCACCGAUGUCACGGCUCCCUCCUUUUCAACAACAACAUUCGCAACAGUAGUGACAACAGCAACAGAUGGCCCAAUCCAAACAAGUCCAAUAGUUUCUACAACAGAUGACUCGGCUCAGCCCACACUGUUCUCCUCAACUGAAGCUGUCCAUUCAACACCAUCCACCUAUUCAACAUCCAUGCCCUUAACAUCUUAUCCAUCAGUCACUUCUGAAACUACAGAAACAACCUCAACAGACUACACAUCAAUUAAAAUAACUGGACAGACUUCUGAAUCUUCACCAGCACCAGAUCAAACAAGCCAGCAAUCAUCAGCAUUUCCAACCACAGAUGAAACCAUGGCUUCAGUUUCAACAGCUGAAAAUAAUUCCACAACUAUGCUACCACCAUUCACAGGAAGUGCAACUCAAACAGUUCCUACAACAGAAAUAUCCACUCAAAUAACUCCUGUAUUCUCAACUGAACCCACAUAUUCACCAUCAACUACCCAAUCGGCAACAGCUUUAACAUCCCUUACUUCUGCAGCAACUGACACUUCAAGCACUAAUGAAUACACAUCAAUAGACAUAACUGGACAAACCACUGACACUUCCGAAAUGUCAAGAAGCACAAGCCAGAAGUUCCCAGUAUCUGCUUCCACAGAUGUCACACCUCCCUCCUUUUCAACAACAACAUUCGCAACAGUAGUGACAACAGCAACAGAUGGCCCAAUCCAAACAAGUCCAAUAGUUUCUACAACAGAUGACUCGGCUCAGGCCACGCCGUUCUCCUCCACUGAAGAUGUCCAUUCAACACCAUCCACCUACUCAUCAUCCAUGCCCUUAACAUCUUAUCCAUCAGUCACUUCUGAAACUACAGAAACAACCUCAACAGAGUACACAUCAAGUAAAAUAACUGGACAGACUUCUGAAUCUUCACCAGCACCAGAUCAAACAAGCCAGCAAUCAUCAGCAUUUCCAACCACAGAUGAAACCAUGGCUUCAGUUUCAACAGCUGAAAAUAACUCCACAACUAUGCUACCACCAUUCACAGGAAGUGCAACUCAAACAGUUCCUACAACAGAAAUAUCCACUCAAAUAACUCCUGUAUUCUCAACUGAACCCACAUAUUCACCAUCAACUACCCAAUCGGCAACAGCUUUAACAUCCCUUACUUCUGCAGCAACUGACACUUCAAGCACUAAUGAAUACACAUCAAUAGACAUAACUGGACAAUCCACUGAAACUUCAGAAGUAUCAAGAAGCACAACCGAAGCCACAUAUUCACCAUCAACUACCCAAUCAGCAACAACUUUAACAUCCCUUACCUCUAUGACUACUGGUUCUGCAGUGCCCACCACUUCAAGCACUAAUGAAUACACAUCAAUAGACGUAACUGGACAAACCACUGACAUUUCCGAAAUGUCAAGAAGCACUAGCCAGAAGUUCCCAGUAUCUGCUUCCACAGAUGUCACGGCUCCCUCCUUUUCAACAACCACAUUCGCAACAGUAGUGACAACAGCAACAGAUGGCCCAAUCCAAACAAGUCCAAUAGUUUCUACAACAGAUGACUCAGCUCAGCCCACACUGUUCUCCUCAACUGAAGCUGUCCAUUCAACACCAUCCACCUACUCAACAUCCAUGCCCUUAACAUCUUAUCCAUUAGUCAGUUCUGAAACUACAGAAACAACCUCAACAGAGUACACAUCAAGUAAAAUAACUGGACAGACUUCUGAAUCUUCACCAGCAGCAGAUCAAACAAGCCAGCAAUCAUCAGCAUUUCCAACCACAGAUGAAACCAUGGCUUCAGUUUCAACAGCUGAAAAUAACUCCACAACUAUGCUGCCACCAUUCACAGGAAGUGCAACUCAAACAGUUCCUACAACAGAAAUAUCCACUCAAAUAACUCCUGUAUUCUCAACUGAACCCACAUAUUCACCAUCAACUACCCAAUCAGCAACAGCUUUAACAUCCCUUACGUCUGCAGCAACUGACACUUCAAGCACUAAUGAAUACACAUCAAUAGACAUAACUGGACAAUCCACUGACACUUCAGAAGUAUCAAGAAGCACAACCGAAGCCACAUAUUCACCAUCAACUACCCAAUCAGCAACAACUUUAACAUCCCUUACCUCUAUGACUACUGGUUCUGCAGUGCCCACCACUUCAAGCACUAAUGACUACACGUCAAUAGACGUAACUGGACAAACCACUGACACUUCUGAAAUGUCACGAAGCACUAGCCAGAAGUUCCCAGUAUCUGCUUCCACCGAUGUCACGGCUCCCUCCUUUUCAACAACAACAUUCGCAACAGUAGUGACAACAGCAACAGAUGGCCCAAUCCAAACAAGUCCAAUAGUUUCUACAACAGAUGACUCGGCUCAGCCCACACUGUUCUCCUCAACUGAAGCUGUCCAUUCAACACCAUCCACCUAUUCAACAUCCAUGCCCUUAACAUCUUAUCCAUCAGUCAGUUCUGAAACUACAGAAACAACCUCAACAGAGUACACAUCAAGUAAAAUAACUGGACAGACUUCUGAAUCUUCACCAGCACCAGAUCAAACAAGCCAGCAAUCAUCAGCAUUUCCAACCACAGAUGAAACCAUGGCUUCAGUUUCAACAGCUGAAAAUAAUUCCACAACUAUGCUACCACCAUUCACAGGAAGUGCAACUCAAACAGUUCCUACAACAGAAAUAUCCACUCAAAUAACUCCUGUAUUCUCAACUGAACCCACAUAUUCACCAUCAACUACCCAAUCGGCAACAGCUUUAACAUCCCUUACUUCUGCAGCAACUGACACUUCAAGCACUAAUGAAUACACAUCAAUAGACAUAACUGGACAAUCCACUGAAACUGCAGAAGUAUCAAGAAGCACAACUGAAGCC